UUCGGCUUGCGUGUCUCCGGGGCCUCGGCCCUCGGUGUUACUCGCCUACUCCCGCUAUCAGCGACAGUGAGUUGCUGGCUGGUCUAUGCAGCUGCUGUGGUUACGAGUCUUCAUAUCAGCACUUGCCGUGGUUGUCUUUGCAGGAGUGAUAAGUUCAAGAUGCGUCUUGUGAUCCUUGAGGACAGCGAGCGGGUUGCUGAGUGGGCCGCCCGCUACAUAAUCAAGAGGAUCAAUGACUUCAAUCCUCAACCAAACAAGUUUUUUGUCCUUGGCCUGCCAACUGGAGGCACACCACUUGGCACCUACAAGAAGCUAGUACAGUACCACAAAGCUGGAAAAAUUUCAUUCAAGUAUGUCAAGACCUUUAACAUGGAUGAGUAUGUUGGCAUUCCCCGGGAUCAUGACCAGAGUUAUCACAGCUUCAUGUGGGAGAACUUCUUCAAACACAUUGAUAUCAACCCAGCCAAUGCUCACAUCCUUGAUGGUAAUGCGCCAAACCUUGAGGUAGAGUGUCAGCAAUAUGAAGAGAAGAUUAAGGAAGCAGGUGGCAUUGAACUCUUCAUGGGAGGAAUUGGACCUGAUGGACACAUAGCCUUCAACGAACCUGGCUCCAGCUUGGUGUCUCGUACACGUGUUAAAACCUUGAACCAGGAGACCAUCACUGCCAAUGCUCGCUUCUUUGAUAAUGACAUGUCCAAGGUGCCCAAGCAGGCCCUCACUGUUGGGGUUGGCACAGUCAUGGAUUCCAGGGAGGUGAUGGUGCUGAUCACUGGCUCACACAAGGCUUAUGCACUGCAUAUGGCUAUUGAAGAGGGAGUGAACCACAUGUGGACAGUGUCAGCCUUCCAGCAGCAUCCACGGACCAUCAUGCUUUGUGAUGAGGAUGCAACGCUGGAGCUCAAGGUCAAGACUGUCAAGUACUUCAAGACACUCCAUGAUAUACAUUCAUGCCUGAUGGAUCAGGAACCACAGAUCUCUGGACAGUACAUCGCAAAAUGAUUGAUGACCACAUGAUGGAGUCCUUCUCCUAAACAACUCACUUCAGCAGACUAAGAGAGGGGACAGUCUGUGUGUUCAACAAGUAGUGCAAUUUUUUUAUCUUAUUUUAUUUUUAUUUAUUUAUUUAUUUAUUUUUUAUGGUAAUGAAGUGUACAUAAUGACAACUACAUUAGCCAUAUGAUGGUUUUACAAAUAUUUUUGAAUGCAAUGAAUGCCAUUUGAAUUUCAGAAUUUUAGUUUGCUUGAAGAUUAUCUUUAGCUAUAAUAUUAUGAUUAAAAUACCUGGUGAAUAUUUUUGUAAAAUGGUUUAAGAUUUGGUUGGUAAGUAAGUAAGGUGGUAAGUAAAACUUGCUCUCUAUGAUUUAGAAAUAAGAUACAGUAAAUUCCCUUACAAUUGUUACCCUUAUAUCCACCAUUCAUAUCCAGCUAGUACAACAAAAGAUAAAACUGGCAGACAUUGAGCACACAGGUUAGUUUCCUCCGUUAUGCACAGGCUGAUAUGUCCAGUACAUUGACCUAUGAUAUGUUUACAACCUUAUUUUUUUUUUCCAACUAAUCCCAAUCAGGUGCAGUAAAUGAUGGAAUGUACAAUAACUAUAGAUGGAUUAGUUGAGUUUAAGCGUCAUAGUUUGAGUUGUUCAUGGAUAUGUAAGAUAACUUCAAGAACUGUUACAUACUAACAUCACAUUACAGCCAGAAAGUAGGUGACCAUAAGCUAUGUCUGUAUGGUAUACAUGGAAAUUUUAAGUACUUAAUGUGAAAUGAGAAGUACAGCAUUUUAUAUUGCACAUUGCUGAAAUUAUAAAGGAGAAUAAGAUAUUCUUUAUUAUUUUCUUAUUGAAGUAUCAUAUCUCAUAUCUUUAAGAACUGCACAAGUUUCACUUAUAUAAAGUAAGGCAAUUCAUAAUGUUUAUGUAAACUCUCCUCAGAAUGAGGUAAAUAUGCAUACCUCAUUAUUCAUUCAUGCUUUUUAGGCAUCUAACAUAUUUGCAGCAACAGCAAAACAAUAAACAAACCUCUAGUUUUAUGUGAAGAUAAAACUGUUACUCAAAUUGUUUCUGUGUCCAUUAUGGGAAGACUUUUUUAAGCACGAAUUCUUUUCAUAUAUUUGGUUGGUAUUGCCUAAGGUUAAAAAUGUACCAUAAUCUCCACACUAUUUUUACUCCAUCCUCCUGAAGAUCAAGUUAAUUUCUUCUCCUUUGCUUUGAAUCCAGAUUUUAAUGUUCUUCUCUCUCUCUCUCUCUCUCUCUCUCUCUCUCUCUCUCUCUCUCUCUCUCUCUCUCUCUCUCUCUCUCUCUCUCUCUCUCUCUCUCUCUCUCUCUCUCUCUCUCUCUCUCUCUCUCUCUCUCUCUCUCUGUGUGUGUUUUAAUGUUACUUAAGGUUGCAAAUGUAUCGUAAACUUCACACUAAUCUGAUUUUAUCCUCUUGUUCAUUAAGCAUAGUAGUACAUAGCCAAAAUGUACAUCAGAUUCAGGACCAUUUUCCGAAACAUUUUGUUUUGCCAUAGAUCCACUGCAUUCCAAAGGUUUUGGUGGAAGUAAUGUGAGUUCUUUAUGGUGUUAUGGUUUUAGUUAUGUACUAACAAGAUUUCUAAGUACAUAUUAUUAACAUGAGAAAUGCUCUUAAAUACUUAGCUAAUCAUUCUGUGGUCUUUGAAAAUACUCUUAAUGAGAGAGCAAUGUUUCUGAGUACAGACCUCAGUUCUACCCAGAAAUUUAAUUCAGUGUCUUCUCAGAACUGUUGGUGGAGCAUAUGGCUUGUGAGGCAUUGAUUGAUAUUGGUGUAUGUAUAUGGUAUCUGAUUACCAUUGAUGAAUUACAUAUACAACACCUUGAUAACUAAAAUUUUAGUUUUUGAUUAACUACUUGCAAAUGGUAAUUAGGUUGAAGUAUACAGUAUUGUUGUGUCUAUUGUAAGGUAACUGGCAUUGUCUUGAGAGGUUGUUAUGAUUUCUCUGGUUCAUUUCAGAAAUGGCCUUGCAUGAUAUUGAUUUUAGUACAGAGCCUGAUUUAUCACUCUUCUGCACGCAUACAUAUAUACACACACUAGCUUAAUUUUCUCAAUUUGCAAUUCAGAUUUAAAAGAUUGAAAAAAGAGUAGUCAGGACUCUCCUACUAUGAAAAAGUAAAGAACACAUUCCUGAAUAGAUUCAUUCCACAUAAGAUUAAGAUUACAAAACUUGGCAGGUCCAAUUCCACAAAGACCAAAAUGAUUGUUGUGAUAAUGAUGUGACUUAGGUAAUGUGACAUAUGUAGAUUUUAUAAUGAUAGUGUUUCGGUUCAGAAAAUCUUGAAGAAUUAAUACAGUGUAUGAUGAUUAGUAGUAUAUCAAAGCUCUAUUUUUGUGAAGGUAUUUAGUAGCUAGUUGACUACUGGAAUGGAGAUAGUUUACUGUUUUUUAUCUUGUGGAAAUGUACAUUGUUGAAUGGGCUUUAUAAUGCUUAAUAAAUUGUUACUGUUGA